UUCAUGGUUAAAGAUGCUCUUCAGACUUAUCAAAGAGGAUCAUGGGGUGAAGCGUUGGUGAAAUAUGCCAUGCUGGCAGAAACUGGUCUCGGUUUGGCACAGCACAACGCCGCCCAUCUGUGUGAGCUGUUAGAUCACAGUUCUGCGUGUCAGUGGAGGUACCACAACUACUCCACCUACAACCACAUCCCUCAGGAAGCUGGCUUGUUGCGGAUGGGAGAUUAUUACAGUGAACUGGCUGAUAUGGUGAAGGCCAUAGACAUGUACAGUACAGCAGCAGUGUAUGGCAGUGCUCAGGGCCUCUUUAAUCUGGUCAUGUUAAUUGAAGAGGGUUAUGGAGUUCCUGACAUCAUUCUGGAUCAUAUGGGACUCUCAGAUGCACACAAUGUGAGCCGGAGUGCUGUGGUGGCAAAUCUAUUAUCCAGGUGCAGGGCGUUUGAGGAGGGGGACGUGACUCCAUGUUCAUUAGUCCUGUGGAGGAUGGAGCUGAUGCGAGCGUGGAGAGACUUCACACACAGCUCUGUUCAGCUGACGCUGGCCUGCGGGGUUUUCGCCACACUCGCAGUUUUUGUAUUCGCUGUGCUGUUACGAACUCUUCUGGCAUGUUACUCUGCGCUUUACCUAUCAACCAGCCAAUCAUCAGAGAGACACGAUGAACCUGAACUUCCCGGGCAGGAAAUCAGCGACAGUCCUCUGGAGACCAGAAGAGAAAACCAACAGCAGAGUUACCAGCCUACAGUCGCACACAAUCACCUUUCAGUGCAGAAAACCUCUGAUUUAAUCGUGACAGUGACUGGAGUGUGUGCAUGUGUCAUCUUUAUCAUGUUCAUUUCCCAUCUGCUUUGAAAAGAACACACGACUAUAUCCUUCAAUAGGUUAUAAAUCAGCCGUCACUAUCGAUCAACACUCUUCAACUCAGGUUACUGCAGGAGAACUGAACCAGUAUAUAUGCACCUUAAGUUGAUUUGGAUAAAAGCAUGAAC